AUGCCGGCCAACAAUAAGCGAAAGAAGAAGCCAGCGUCCAAUCCUGCUCGUGGCUUUGCGACAGUUUCCGUGCCUUCGAAACCGAAAUCCGUGGAAUCGACAGCUCCGGCAUCAACGGCGGAUUCCAAGUCGGUCACUGAGAGUGAACGGCCCACACCUGCAGAGGCGAACCAACCGGUGCCAGACAAGCAAGACGCUUCAUCCCUUCAGAACUAUUCGCCGGAGGAACUUGAGAGGCAUUUGGAGAAUGCGGAACUGCAACUACUAGUUGAGAAGCUAGCUGCUAAGUGCAAGAAUGAUGCGGCUCGGCAGGUCACAAAGCUCGACACUGAACGGAGGCUUCUGCGGCAACAGGCCGUUUCUUUGAAUCUUUUGGAAUGGUUUCCUAAAGAGCUGCAGGAACAGGUUCUGACCCUGGCGGAGGCAGAGGAGCGGGAGCUUAGCCCCCCAUCCAUGCGCGAAGCAAACGGCCUGAAGAAGUCCGGCUCUGAGGAGGAUCUAUACAUGAGACUGUGGACUCUGCGAGAGACUCUCCUGAGGCUUGGAUUUCCGGAGGCGAAAGUGGACGAGACACUGAAACAUGUGCUACUCUACUUUCCGGUCAGCUCUACGGGUUCCAACCGGGAUAUGGUGUGGAAUUUGGACGAGUCUCUGGACUGGCUCGCAAUGCACUGCUCCCCUGGGGAAUUACCAUCCUAUACUCAGACAAGUACAUUGACAAACGAGUCGGAUCGAUUUACUUCCUUCAUGCCUGAUCGACAGUCGACGAAAUCCUCGCCCAGGGCAAAGCAGGUUGACAGCAAGCCAAAACCGCCAAAGACCGUAAAAGCGGUUACUCCUGCACCAUCUAGCCCUUAUGACUCUGAUAGUUCUCUCGACCCGGACACAUUACUUCCAAAAUACCUCGAAUUGCAAACCAAGCUGUAUAACCUGCAGCCGGAAAUAUUUGACCAGCCAAAGAGGGGUAAAAAGUUAAGCCGUGGGCAGGCAAAUUUGAGCAGUGACGAUCCCCAGGUGGCGCGAAUUCAGCGCAAGGUGGCAAGUAUCGAGAACGACGUCCUGUUUGACCGCCAUGAGGCGGAAUUUCGAUGGCGGGACAAGCUAGAUGAUCUACGGAGAGAGGCUGCAUUCACCCGGCAAGUCGCUCGUGAUGAGGAUAGAUCUGCUCAGGCGGAGUCAGAAGACAUUGAGCAAUCGAAGGAGAAAUCGGUAACUGAGCCGGAGAACCGCGCUCCUGCGAUGGACGACCUCGACGAGGCUGGAGACCUUCUUGGCGAUAUGUUCCAGGCGGAUGAGCCAAUAUUUGAGACGGGUAUCAUUACGGAGGAGCUCAAGAAAGCAGCGGUAACAAUCCGCGAUUUCGGAAAAUGGACAGGGCUCAGUCCUCGACGUGUCUUGGAAGAAACAUGCAAGUCCAGGGAUACCGGAUGCACAAUCUCUUUUAAAGACUUUUCCCCUUCAGCACAUACAAACAAAAGCGCCGUGGAAGUCCGAUGGUCAAAGCCUCAAGAGGCGCCUUUCCCGCUUGUCCUGGACAAAGUUACACAUAAAUCCAACUCGUACGCGACCUUUGUGUCCAUGGACGAAGUCGCAACACCUACAUCGCAACAAGCUGAAUCAUUUGUUUCCACACUAUGUCUUUUUAUCCUUUUCCCGCAGAGCUCGAAGGAAGGAAAGGCCUAUCUGCGGCUGCCCGCUGUCUGGAGGGACCUUUGGGCGGAAUGCGCAGAAGCGAAGAAGAUCCAGGAGGAGGAAGGCGACAAGAGAAUUGUCAAGAGUCUCAGGAGUCUGAUACAAGGCAACCAUGCCAUUUUUGAGGAUGAUGUUGUACUGGCAGACAAUUUUCGACGGAGAAAUGGUGCUUCUGGAAAAGCCGAGUCUCCCAUGAGAUCUGGCGCCAAGGAUUCUCAAGAGCCUGAUGAGCGGUUGCAGAGGAUCUGGCUGGAGAAGUCAUCCACGGCGCCCUUCCAACAUAUGUUACAGGGUAGGAUGAACUUACCAAUCUGGGAUUUCAAGGAUGAGAUUCUGAGUACGCUGGAUACACAUCGCGCAAUCAUCAUUUGCAGUGAGACAGGAAGUGGCAAAAGCACACAGAUUCCCUCAUUUAUUCUUGAACAUGAGUUGAAGCAAGGCCGCCGCUGCAAGAUUUACGUGACAGAACCGCGGAGGAUCUCUGCUAUAUCGCUGGCUCGAAGAGUCAGUGAGGAACUGGGAGAGAGCAAGUCCGACGUAGGAACACCGCGCUCUUUGAUUGGUUUUGCUGUCCGCUUAGAGAGUAAGGUCAGCCAGUCUACAAGGCUGGUGUUUGCGACGACCGGAGUUGUUGUGCGGAUGUUGGAGCGGUCGGACGAUUUUAGGGAUAUCACACACAUUGUUCUUGACGAGGUCCACGAGCGCUCGAUCGAUAGCGACUUUCUCCUCAUUGUUCUGCGUCGGCUGAUGCAGAAACGGCCCGAUUUGAAGUUGAUCCUCAUGUCGGCGACUCUCGAGGCUCAAAAGUUCUCUUCGUACCUCGGUGGUGUCCCCGUGUUGAAUAUUCCUGGACGAACGUUCCCCGUCGAGAUGAAGUACCUGGAAGAUGCAAUCGAGUUGACCAACUACCGGUUAUCAGAAAAUGAGGCAAAUACCCUUGUUGAUGAAGACGUGGAGGAUGUGCCCUCGGAGAAUGCGGAAGGAGAUACGGCCGGUGGUCUGCUGGCCACUCUUGACCAAUACUCUAAGCAAACCAGAGAGACGGUGCUGAAUUUCGACAAGUAUCGGCUCGACUAUCAGCUCAUCAAGCGACUGCUCGUCAAACUCGCGACGACGCCCGAAAUGAUACCUUAUAGCAAAGCUAUCUUGGUAUUCAUGCCUGGUAUGGCUGAGAUCCGGCGACUGAACGAUGAGAUUCUCUCGGACCCUGUCUUCCAGACCAGCUGGAUCGUACAUGCCCUUCACUCUUCUAUUGCCAGUGAAGACCAGGAGAAGGCGUUCAAUGUGCCUCCAGAGGGCAUGCGGAAGAUUGUGAUUGCUACGAACAUUGCGGAAACUGGUAUCACGAUUCCGGACAUUACUGCUGUUAUUGAUACUGGCAAGGAAAAGUCCAUGCGUUUCGAUGAGAGACGACAACUAUCGAGGCUUGUGGAGACCUUCAUCUCGCGGGCUAAUGCAAAGCAACGGCGCGGAAGAGCUGGGCGUGUCCAGAGCGGAAUCUGCUUCCAUAUGUUCACCAAGCAUCAACAUGACAAGCUGCUUGCAGAGCAACAGACACCUGAGAUGCUUCGCUUAUCCUUGCAAGAUCUUGUACUUCGUGUCAAGAUCUGUAAGCUUGGGGAAGUGGAGCAGACUCUGCUCGAGGCGCUGGAUCCGCCCUCAUCCAAGAACAUACGUCGCGCGAUUGACUCUCUGAAGGAGGUCAAGGCUCUCACGAAUUCAGAGAGCCUGACUCCCCUGGGAAUGCAGCUUGCCAAAUUGCCCUUGGAUGUCUUUCUCGGCAAGCUGAUCAUCCACGGCGCGUUCUUCAAAUGCCUCGACGCCUGCAUCAGUAUUGCCGCUAUUCUGUCUUCGAAAUCGCCGUUUGUCAAUACGAUAGGAUCCAACAACCAGAAAGACCUGGCAAGACUUUCAUUUAAGAAGGGCGACUCGGAUCUUUUGACCGUGUACAACGCCUACUGCGCCUGGAAACGCACCAGAAGCACACCAGGCGCCAACGAGUACGCGUUCUGCCGGAAGAACUUUCUGAGUUCGCAGACACUUCUCAACAUCGAAGACAUCAAGAUGCAGUUGGUAGUCUCUCUUGCCGACGCAGGGCUCCUGAACCUGGAUCCGGCGCAAAAAACAUCUUUGAACAGGACCCGGUCCGGUGGCCGCCAGCGCCAAUUCUUCACCGUUCCCGAGGAGUACGACACGAACAGCAGCAACGACACAGUGGUCAACUCGGUCAUCGCGUGGAGCUUCUACCCGAAGCUGCUGACGCGCGAAGGCAAAGGCUGGCGCAACGUCGCGAACAACCAAUCCGUCACGCUGCACCCGACCUCGGUCAACAAGCAAGCCGACGCCUCGCUGAAGUGGCUCUCAUACUACCACAUCAUGCAGGGUCGCAACCGCAACUACAACGCCUUUGAGACCAACGCGGUUGACGACUUUGCCAUUGCCCUGCUCUGCGGCGAGGCCGAGUUCAAGAUGUACUCCGGGGUAAUCUCGAUCGACGCGAACCGCAUCCGCUUCGCGGUCCGCGAGUGGAAGGCCCUGCUCGCGCUGAAGGUGCUCGCGGCGCGUAUCCGGGAGAUCCUGGCGGGCACGUUCCGGGACCCGCAGAAGGUGCUAUCGUAUAAGCAGCAGCAGUGGGUGGGGAUCUGGCAGCAGAUUUUCUCGCUGGCGGGGAAGCGAGCGGAGAAACGGUAG